AUGUCGUUCGGUAGCGGAGGCUUCAGCGGCUUCGGCCAGAACAAUAAUAAUGCCCAGUCUGGUUUCGGUGGAUUUGUGUCCAACAAUAAUGCUCCAUCAGCUUUUGGACAAGCCACUUCUGGCGGGUUUGCACAAAACAACACUACUGGAGGAGGCCUGUUUGGAGGAAACACAGGCAAUACUGGCGGCGGAUUCGGUGCUUCGACUGGUGGUUUCGGAGCCAAUACUGGUGGCGGCUUUGGAAGCAAACCUGCAUUUGGCACCAGCACUUCGGGCGGUCUUUUCGGUGGCAACACGAGUAAUACCAAUACAACGUCCGCCUUCGGCGGCUUUGGAGGCAACACCGCUGUUAACUCAACCAGCUCGACAUUUGGUGGUGGCGGAGGUACAUCUGGCGGAAUGUUUGGCGCGAACAAGUCUGGCUUUGGUACAACGACCAACACUGGAAAUUCCCUGUUUGGCGGCGGUAAUACGACCUCAGGUGGCUUCGGCACCACGAGCACUGGUUUCGCGACUGGUUCUGUAGGCGACCCGCCAGGCACCGCAACAACACCGUUCAACGCAUAUACCGAGAAGGAGCCUAAUACGUCCACGACUAAUUCCUUCCAAAACAUUCUAUUCCAGGAACCUUAUAAGAAGUGGUCAUCAGAAGAGCUUCGAUUAGUGGACUACGCACAGGGACGCCGACAUGGGAAUGCCACAGGGGGCGGUGCUUUUGGCGUUAGCUCAGGCUUUGGGGGUUUCGGCUCCAACGCAAAUGCCAAUCAGACCACCAACGCCUUUGGCCAGACUAACACCAAUACAAACACUGGUGGUCUCUUUGGAAACAAUGCUGGCAACACUACCACGACAGGCACCGGAUUUGGAAGCGGCGGUUUUGGCGCAAAUGCCAACGCUACUAACACUGCUACUGGUGGCCUCUUUGGUGGCGGGAACAAGCCUGCUGGCGGUCUAUUUGGCAAUACCAACACCCAGACUCAGCAGGCUGGGGGAGGAGGUUUGUUUGGUGGUGGCGGAACAGGAGCAUUUGGUAGCUCGAACACCACUGGAGCUUUCGGACAAGCCAACACCACCAACAACGCUGGUGGUGGACUCUUCGGCAACACUGCUAAUAAGACUACGGGAACCGGAUUCAGUUUCGGAAACACCAACGCCGCGAAUACGAAUACGGGAUCUACAUUUGGGGCAAACACAGCCGGAACUGCUUUCGGAUCUAACACAGCCAAUACUGGAGGAGGGCUAUUCGGGAACAAUGCUGGCAACACGCAGGCGACCGGAGGAGGCCUUUUUGGUGGCCAGAACAACCAGCAACAAAAUGCGGGAACAGGCUUUGGUGGUGGAUUCGGUCAGCAAAACCAGAAUCAACAGGGUGGUGGUCUGUUUGGCAAUCAGCAAAAGCCCGCUACCGGUGGCCUCUUUGGGAACAGCACAGCGACUGGAACAACCGGUGGCCUCUUCGGAGGCGGCAAUACACAACAGCCACAGCAGAAUACCAGCGGUGGCCUCUUCGGAGCCGCCAAUAAUGCAACGUCUGGAGGAGGCUUGUUCGGCGGCGGCAACAAACCAGCUACUGGCGGCGGUCUUUUUGGGGCAAGCAACACUGCCCAGACGACGACAGGCGGAUCAUCGCUCUUUGGUGGCGGCAAUCAACAACAGCAGUCUACGGGCGGUGGCCUAUUUGGAGCCAGUACUAAUCAGCAAAAGCCUGGUGGUCUUUUUGGUGGCUCUGCCCAGACGGGAGGUCUCUUUGGUGCCCAGAAUAACCAAGCACAGGGCAGCUCCCUGUUCGGUGGAAGCGCCAACCAGCAACAAAACCAAAAUGCUCUGGGCAAUUCCCUCCUGGGCAACACACAACAGAGCAACAAUGCUCCCCAAAGCCUGACUGCUAACCUAAGCGAUGUUUCGGCAUACGGAAGCCCGUCUUUGUUUGCUGGACUUGGCGGAAAUGACGUUGCCAACCCUGGACCUCUCGCUACGCCUCUGAAUGGCAACUCGAAGCCACGAAAGAGUUCCAUUCUCCCAAUGUACAAGCUGGCCCCAGCUACCGCUGCCUCGCGCUUUGCAACACCCCAGAAGAGAGGAUUCGGGUUCUCAUACAGCUCUUAUGGCACGCCUGGUGGCAGCCCUGCUAGCAGCAUUUCCAGCACGCCCGGUGCCAUGGGCCGUAGCCUUCUCGGUGCGAGCUCUAGUGGCUCUCUAAGCAAGAGUAUCUCUGCGAGCAACCUCCGUCGUAACUUCAAUACCGAAGACAGCAUCCUUGCCCCGGGUGCCUUUUCCUCCAGCUCCAGUGCUCGUUGGUAUGGCAGCACGGGCUCCAAGAAGCUUGUUAUCAAUCGGGAUAUUCGAAGUGAUCUGUUUUCUACCCCCCAGAAGGAUAAGACUGAAGUCAAUGGAAGUGCUCGCAAGCUGUCUAAGCGCGUGAGCUUCGAUACUAGUAAUGUUGAGUCGGAAGACGGAACGCCUGUCCGGAACGCUCUUCCUGCUCCUGAGGACACCCCUAAGUCUCAGCCUGACGAGGCUACUCCCCGUCAGAACAGAACUACUAACGGUACGAACGGUUCACAGACCCCAGAAAUGGAACAGGUCAAGGGCAACGAACUUGCUAUCGUGCACGAGGAGGACAAUUCUGCCACCCCAGAAGCACGCGCACCACUCGGGUUUGAGAAUGCGCCUGGCGAUUACUGGAUGCAGCCAACUCGAGAUGAGCUGCAAAACAUGAACAGAAUGCAGCGCCAGCGUGUGGAUAACUUUACGGUUGGCCGUGACAACGUUGGCUAUAUCAAAUUCAAGGUUCCGGUUGAUAUCAGCAACAUCGAGCUGAAGGACCUGUGCGGUGGUAUCAUUCAAUUGGAGCCUCGAUCGGCUACCGUUUAUCCAGUCCAAGCUAAAAAGCCUCCUGUUGGCAAGGGUCUUAACGUUCCCGCCCAGAUUUCCCUAGAACAGUCUUGGCCUCGCGGUGGCCGUGACAAGAGAAUCACUAGCGAUCCCAAGCGAUUCAACAAGCACAUCGAGAGACUGAAGAGAAUCCCAGAUACUACUUUCGAGAGCUAUGAUAAGGAAACAGGCGUCUGGACCUUUGGCGUCGAGCAUUUCACCACGUAUGGUCUGGACGACUCUGAUGAAGAAUCAGACGAGGAAAUGGUUCCUCCACCUGGUCUAGCCACACCACCUCAGCGCGUCUCCAACGACGCCGCUGCCAUGGAUGUCUCAAACCGUGAAGACGGCCGGCCGCGCUUCCGCCAGAACGCGGCCUUGCCAGGAGCAUUCGAUGAACAAAAUGAUUUGUAUGAACGUGAAAACAUCGACAAGCAGUCUUUUUUAGGGAUUAGCUCCGCGGAUUCGGCGCCCAAUGAUGUUCGGCUUUCACUGGAGGAGGAUUACGCCAGUGAAAGGGGCGACGAAUAUGAUCUGUCCGAGGAUGAAGAUAUGACGAGGUCUUUCAUUGGACAGCAUCUUGCCGCGGAGCUCGACGAUACCUCGUCAGAGAAUGAACAGGAUGCCAAGAGGAGUACUCCUGGUGGCAUUCUUAGGGCUCGCAUGAGAGCCAUGAAGGAUCAAGUUGGCCCGGUGACUCUCGAAGUCGCUGAUGGCGAUGAUUGGAUGGAAAUGCUCAGGAAAACAGUCAGUCCUGUGAAGCGAGACCGUCAAUUGCUGAGGGAAAUGAAUGAUUCCCCCUUGAACAUGUCGAAAACAGAGAGAACAAGUGGUCUCGCAAGCACGCAAAUGGCAGCGGAUAAGGGACGUGGAUUCGCGACAAGCAUCGACUUGAUGAAUUCUCUAUUCGAGAAGCCCAAGCCAGUGCGGCAAAACCUUCGCGCUUCUGUGCCAGCCAAAGGCUUUCCUCAGUGGCCCUACGAACGUCAAGACAAGAAUUUCCCCGUCAACAGUGAAGAAAAGGCAUAUCAUAACGCCACUCGCCUAACUUGGGGUCCCGACGAGACGCUGGUAGUAACUCGGCCGUUGGAUACAAUGCAAUCGCGGCGAAGUUUCCGUGGCAAUUCGGAUCUUCUUCAGUUCCAACGCUCUGGGAUUCAAACCGACAGGCAAGACAUUCGCCUUGCCAAGCUUUCCGCGGAGUCAUCCAAGAAAUUUCUUCGGGCUCAGGACAAAGUAACAGAAAUCAGAUUAGUCGGCGAUAUUCCAAUGGCUACGCUACGUGCGGGCAGUCUGCAAGACGUCUUUCACCACCAGGAGAUGACUGACCCGGGCCACGUCAACGAGAAGCGUGUCUGGGAGCUGGCAAGCAUUUUAUUUGACGGUGCCGCAAACCCUGGCGAGCCCGGGUCCGACCACGUGUCAAGAAAACAGAAGUUGUCACAAUUUUGGACUGAGCUCGUGGAACAAGCGUCGACUACUAAUGUUGGUCUUGCUGGUUCUAGCGAAGAGAAGGCCGUAGCAAGUCUGGCUGGUCACCGUAUCACCGAGGCGUGCAAAUUCCUGCUCGAUGGUAAGAAUUUCCGCUUGGCAACUCUAGUUCCUCUGAUCGGCACGAGCGUCGUGGCGAAGAAGGACAUCCGUGAACAGCUCAAGGCUUGGCAUGACUCCAAGAUGCUCUCGGAGUUUUCAGAGGCAAUUCGCACUGUCUACGAGCUACUAAGCGGCAACGUGUGUGUCUGUGAAGGGGUGAAAAAUGUUCCUGUUGAGGAUCGAAUGGAAUCGUUUGUUAUUUCAAAGAAGUUUGGCUUGGACUGGAGACAGGCGUUUGGCCUUCGCCUGUGGUACGCCAUUUCCCAGCAGGAUAGUCCUGCGCUGGCAGUUUUAAAGUUCAAGGACGACAUCAACCAAGACAAGGAAGAGCUUCCACGGCCAUGGUACCAUGAACAAGGACUGAAACCAGUAUGGAAUGAUACGGAAGAAGGGACCAGGCAGGACCUAUUAUGGGGCCUCCUUCAAUUGUAUGCCGAUAAGAACGUCGACCUCGAGGCCAUUUUGCGGCCAGAAAACUCGCAACUUUCUCCGCUCAACAUGAGACUAUCCUGGCAACUUGGACAGGCGUUAGUUUCCACGGGCCAGGUGUCGUUUGGCAAGAACGGAGAAGAAAAGGCGGAUGCUUCCACAAUUGCAUAUGCCUCUCAGCUGACGGCGGCGGGUGAGUGGUUGGAGGCAGUCUUUGUCUUGUUGCACCUCAACAACUCCAGUGUCCGUAUGAAGGCGAUUCAGGAACAUUUAUGUCGACACGCUGGCAUGAUUGGCCCCGACACUGGCGCGACCUUUACACUGCUGACGGAAAAGUUUCGAAUUCCCGCAUCCUGGCUAUGGGAAGCGCUCGCUUUGUACAUGCGCAGUGUCAAGAAGGAUGCUUCAGCCGAGGUGCAUUGCCUCCUUCGUGCUGGGGAGUUUGUUGAAGCCCACCGGGUCCUGGUACAACAAGUUGCUCCCCAAGCUGUUAUUGAACGAGACUACGCUACACUCUCGUCCUUGCUGUCACAAUUCCAAGGCCAAGCUGAGUCCAUCCCGGAGUGGACUCAGGGUGGCGAGAUAUAUGGCUAUUUCUUGAGUCUCGUGCAGCAUCAUGGCAAGGGCGAGAGCCCCCCUCAUACAUUGCUUGAAAAGUUGUUGGCAGGAUUGAAUGUGAUGAACGAGCAUGUGGGAGAGACGGAAGUCUUGCGAUAUGCUGCAGUGUCUGACAUGGCAGACGAUACAGCACGGGAAAUACUGAAGUUGGCCAAGAAGAAACAGGAUGUUGAACUGCGAUCGAGGAUCUUGAACCUGCCGUUGACGCAAGAUCGGCUGCUGGCGUAUUCGGUGGAUCUUGGUAUGGAUCGAUACCGGGAGGUAAUGUCCCAUUAA